AUAGUCAUGUGAUUAAGUUUGAUUUUUGACAACAAACAUGGCAGGAAGACACCGAGAGGUACACUUUUUUCUUGCCUUUAUUUUGGUGUUAUCUUUAGUGACAUGUGUUUUCACGUUGAGAUACGAGCCGACUUGGGAGUCCAUUGAUAAACGACCUCUACCGACAUGGUAUGACGAGUCGAAGAUUGGAAUUUUCAUUCACUGGGGAGUAUUUUCUGUGCCCAGUUUACUUACAGAGUGGUUUUGGCAUCAAUGGAAAACUGAAAACAAUACCAUUGCUCAGAAGUUUAUGAAAGAUAACUACAAGCCGGACUGGACGUAUCAAGACUUUGCUGACGAGUUUACCGCUGAGCUUUUCAAUCCAGACGAGUGGGCAGACAUUUUUUCAGCUUCAGGAGCCAGAUAUGUUGUGUUAACAAGCAAACAUCAUGAAGGUUUUACAAACUGGCCCUCUAAAUAUUCUUUCUCUUGGAACUCCAUGGAUGUUGGACCUAACAGAGAUCUUGUUGGGUCCUUGGCAGAUUCUAUUAGGAAGAAGACUAGCAUGCGUUUUGGACUAUACCAUUCACUGUUUGAAUGGUACAACCCACUUUAUCUUCAAGACAAGGCGAACAAGUUCCAAACUCAGGAUUUUGUAAAGUUUAAAACGUUACCAGAAUUAUAUGAGAUAGUUAAUACGUACAAACCGGAAGUGAUCUGGUCUGAUGGAGACUGGGAAGCUAAAGAUGUUUACUGGAACUCGACUGACUUCUUAGCAUGGCUUUAUAAUGAUAGUCCUGUAAAAGAUACAGUUGUAACAAAUGACCGUUGGGGCAGUGGUUGUGCAUGCCAUCAUGGGGGAUAUUACACCUGUAGUGACAGAUAUAAUCCUGGUAAAUUACAAAAUAGGAAGUGGGAAAAUUGUAUGACGAUUGACAAAGCAUCAUGGGGUUAUAGGCGUGAUGCGAAGAUAUCGGAUAUGUUGACAAUGGAGGAAUUAAUCACAACUCUUGUGGAAACUGUCAGUUGCGGGGGAAAUAUUUUGAUUAAUGUUGGUCCUACCCAUGAUGGCAGGAUAGUUCCAGUAUUUGAAGAAAGGUUGCGAAGUCUCGGACAGUGGUUAGAUGUUAAUGGCGAAGCUAUCUACUCAAGUAAGCCAUGGACCUUCCAGAAUGACACAGAAACACCUGCCGUCUGGUAUACAGCCAAAAAGCCUGCAGCGGGCGGGAUGAACGUGUAUGCCCUUGUCUUAAAGUGGCCAAGUCCCGGAGAUUUCUACCUCGCAAGUCCAACAAUAGGGACAAACACAAAGGUUACGUUGCUAGGAUACGAUGACCCCAUUGCGUGCAGAAAGGCGCCAGGAACGAAAAACAACGGGAUUAUAUUGACCAUACCAGCCAUUCCAUUCAAUAAAAUGCCAUGUGACUAUGCCUGGGUAUUUAAGAUGGAGAACUUGGCCGAGCGAGAAAUGCACGUGUUAAGUGACGCUAACAAUGUAGAAUUGUUUAGACUACCACGAUCCUUUGACGAAGAGGACGAAGGCCUUUUCAAGAAAAUGAUAGCAGCAGACGAAAUGCGGGUGCCAGAGCAUUCUGUGAAACUAUCUUGGUUGCUUUGCGCAUGCUCAAUGUUAGCAGUAUACAUAUAUACAUGUGCAUGUAGGAGAAAACGAAGAAGACAUUGUAUAUUCUAAAAUUAAACACUUAUUAUAUUCUUGGGUUCAGAAAAUGGUUUUUGCUGUGAUAAAAUUUGUGAAGCCUU